UUGGUUAUCAGCUUUGUUAAUAAUGCUUUACCAACUUUUUUAUUUUAUUUUUUAAGCUAAUAAUUUAUUAUGUUGCCCAUGUUUGUGAGCUCUAUAAGGAUUUUUACUAAUUGGGUUAAAUGUUGAGUGCUUAUUCAUGAUAUUUUGGGCUCUUCUUUGUGAUUUUAUUUAUGAUUGUUCUACUUGGGUUAGAUGACAAGUAAAUUAUUCAAGAAAUGUUGGGUUCUUCUUUGAAAUUUUGUUUAUGCUUGUUCUUGAUGGUGCAUGAUGUUUUCAACUACUAAUUGAAGUACCUUUGCCAGAAUUAUAAAUAUUGUGAAUCUGCUGAUGAUCAAUUUAGUUAAUCUGUUUUGCGAAAUUACUCCUUGUGUAUCAGUUAGUUUCUGGUGGCUGUAUUUUGAUUAGACUUUGGGUUCGUAAUAAUUUUUUUUAAGGGUCCUUAUUGCACCAUCUGCGAAGAUCUGGGUAAUGUUCGCUUGUUAACUUGGAAAUCUAGCAGUCUCCACUUGUUCUUGUAGUUUUUUGGGUGUGAUUUAUCACUUAUUUGAAGGUAUUGUAAAGGUUAAACAUGGCUAAAAAUGGUGGAGAAGCGAGUGGGAGAACUUCGUCGGGGUUCCCACAGGUGGUUCUCAAUGAGAGGAUCCUUAAUUCAAUGUCCCGAAGAUCUAUAGCUGCUCAUCCUUGGCAUGACUUGGAGAUUGGACCAGGUGCUCCAUCGGUUUUCAACUGUGUUGUUGAAAUUGGAAAAGGCAGCAAGGUUAAGUACGAGCUUGACAAGACAAGUGGCCUUAUAAAAGUUGAUCGUGUUCUCUACUCAUCUGUUGUUUAUCCACACAACUAUGGUUUCAUCCCACGAACAAUUUGUGAAGACAGUGAUCCCAUGGAUGUCCUGGUACUGAUGCAGGAGCCUGUGCUACCUUGUACUUUCCUUCGUGCUCGUGCUAUUGGAUUAAUGCCUAUGAUUGACCAGGGUGAAAAGGAUGACAAAAUCAUAGCAGUAUGUGCUGAUGAUCCUGAGUUCCGCCAUUACAAGGACAUCAAGGAGCUUCCUCCACAUCGGCUUGCUGAAAUCCGCCGUUUUUUUGAGGACUACAAAAAGAAUGAAAACAAGAAAGUUGAUGUGGAAGACUUCCUGCCAGCUGAGUCUGCCAUUGAAGCCAGCAAGUACUCCAUGGACCUGUAUGCAUCCUACAUUGUUGAAAGCUUGAGGCAGUAACUUACCUGGAAACUAAGUAGAAUGGCCGUGACCAUUAAAUUAUGAUGGGUUGAUAGACUUCUUGCUGCAUGCCUGUCUCCCAAGUUUUAUAUCACUUGCAUAAAACAUUAGUAAUGUUGGUAUGAAUGGUGCUUAUGCCGCACCUUUAAUACUAUCAACUUUUCUAUAAAUGUCUGUAUUGGAUCCUGCUUCUGGGAAGAGAAAUAUUAAUUUGGGUUUA